AAGAAUAUACCUCGUGGGUGGACAAUAAUUCAAGAGACGGCCCAUCAUAGAACAUCAGUCACUAGAUGUCUGUUGUCAUAAUUUAUAGAGUUCUAAUUCAAUGCCAAAUCCUCCAUCUUCGUCCCUAAUCUGGAGCACAAGUUGUCGCUAUAUUCUCCUGGCAAGCGCAAUAAAAAAGCGAAAACACAAACUAAACUUCAACAAACAUUUUAUUUUCUAUCCUAUAUCAACAAAAUCAAACGAUAACGGUAGGAGCGUAUGGGUAGGCACUGUAUCCAGCGGCGUAGACAGAGGGUGCAGCUAUGUAGCUAGAGUAUGCCAGGGGAGCAGCAUAGGGAUAGGCGGCAUAUGCAGCAGGGGCAGCCACAACUGGAGCGGUGUAUGCAGCGGCGAGAACACUUGGUUUAGGGGCAGCCUUAGGCUCAGGGACAGCCUUGGCUUCAGGAGCGGCCUCGGGAGCUGGAGCGGCUACAGCCAGGGCGAUGAUGGCGAAGAAUACUACCUGAAAGAUAAUCUAGUAGCCAGUUGUGGUGAGCAUAGUGAGAGAUCUAUAGCAGAGGAUCCAGCUGUUCUGAUAUCGAAGUGUGUAGGAGAUCCUGAGUUCAAUAGAACUAAGUUCGAUGAAUCAAUGUAUUCCUCUAUAGUUCGUCCCCGGAUAUCUCUGCGCAUAGAUCCCCAAAAAGAGUUAAUCUUCUAA